GAAUAGAGUGAAAGGGAUGGGCUGGAUUGUCAGGGAGAUGCCAAUGGCAGUUGUGGGGAUGCAUGGGAAGGGGUUAAAUGGCAGUGGCCUUUGAUCCCCUCAUUUUAGUGUCGGCAGAGGCGGGAGGGGGCUCUAGACUGAAUGAAAGGAGACAGGAGGUGGAAUCAGGUUACACCCCAACUCACACUCCUUUGGCAGGAAGGCAUGGUGCUGCUCUCUCCCUCCUCUUCCUCCCGUCCCUCACACUGCUGCACACCUCUGUGUCACACACCCACACAGACCCACAUUGUAUGAAAGCCUCACUGCACACACUUACAGCUCUUACACACACACUGCCAUAAUGUUUCACACCUGCUCAUUGCCACAUUGUGUGCAGACAAAAUACACCAUUACACCGUCAUCACCAGUUACUUGUGUUUCUUUCACCUUGAUUCCCCUGUGGUUCUGAGGGGUCUGUAGAAAUGUACUGUUGUGUGGUAAAUGUAGUCCAUACUGGCUGCCACAUUCAGGCCUAAGCACUUAGACCUUUUCACCUGGCCAGAUAAACAUCUGCACCUUGACUUAGUUCUCUCCUUCAUGGCUCACACAGCCCCCUCUCACCACACAGACUGAGAGAGACGUCUGCCCCCUCCCACCCAGUCCCACAGGACUCUGCUGCUUAGGAAGUUAUCCUGUCAGGGGGGCGGGAGAGAGAGAGAGAGGGGGGACAAGACAAGAGAGAGAGAGACCUUGACCAACACAGACAUGUCUACAGCUUUUCCACUCAGGAUGCCCGAGCCUCUAUCUCUCCUUCAUGUGUAAAAGGUUAAACUACCAAGGGGCAGUGAAUUCCUGACAUGGGGCCACCUGGACAUACUGGGCACCCCUGAAGGGUAUGAGGGGACACAAUGCGCACAAACAGGCAGCACACACACUAGGCAGGACAUGGCCAGGCAUCCCUCACACUCACGAAGGAAAUAUUUAGGCACGUGUAUCAUUACAACACAGUCACAUUAUUAUUUCACCCAUCGAUCUAAGCCUGGCCAACCUGAGUGCUCACACAUUUGAGAGGACUAAACAUUUGUGCUAAUACCCACUUGGCACAUACACAUAACACACACAUCAUAUGUUAGUUAUACAAUAGAACAUACCUUGUAUAUGGGUGCCUGAGUAGGGAGAUGUCAACCCUACUCUUGUUUGUGCUGUUUUCUCUGCGGGCAUUAGGUGUCCCCCUCAGUCCAAUCAGAAACCAUUUUGGUAUUUGCCCCAACCAGCUUAAUGCCAACUUGUGGGUGGACGCCCAGAGCACCUGCGAGAGAGAAUGCCAGGCCGACCAGGGCUGUGAAGCUUUUGAAAAGUGCUGCACUAAUGUCUGCGGUCAAAAGAGCUGUGUGGCGGCCCGUUACCCUGAUUCAGGACUCCCUGCUUCAAGCUAUUUGCACCCUGCCAGCUGUGUUGGCUUUAUCUGUGCCCAGCAAGGAUCUGACUGUGAAUUAUGGGAAGGACGCCCUGUGUGCCGCUGCCGAGAGCGCUGUGAGAAGCAGCCUGGUUUCACUUGCGCUUCUGAUGGACUCACCUAUUAUAACAAAUGUUAUAUGGAUGCAGAGGCUUGUGCCAGGGGAAUCAGUUUGGUGGAGAUACCCUGUAAGUUUGUUUCAUCUUGGCCUGUCACCAGCCCAGCACCUUCAAUCACCACCCCCCUGCCUACACAGGCUGCAACUCCAAUGGAAUUGCCUGUGCCACCUUCAUUGUUCCAUGCACCAGUCUCCCAAUCGGUGUCCAUUGGUGGCACUGUGGGGCUUCAGUGUGAAUCUAGUGGAUGCCCCCGUCCUGAAAUUCUGUGGGAAAAGCUGGGUGAUGGCCCAUCUGCUCCAAUCAUGAGGCCAGAUCAAAUGUAUGGCAAUUUGGUGGUCACCAAUUUAGGCCAGUUAGUCAUAUACAACGCUCGCCCAGAAGAUGCUGGCAUCUAUGUCUGCCUGGUUCGGAACUCUGCUGGAUUCCUCCGAGCCCUUUUCCCACUUUCUGUUUUAAGGAAAAGUACUACCACAGCUCCUAAACUUCGCCCAGUGCAUCCCUCUGAAUGCCAAAAGCUUCCUGGUCGCAGAGAGUGCCAUGGUCCUCGUUCUCUCCAGUGGUACUAUGACUCCCAGAGUGGUGACUGCCAUACUUUUGUACACAGGGGUUGUCCAGGCAGUGGUAACAUAUUCUACACCUAUGAGGAGUGCCGAUUAUCAUGCCAUGCUAGGCCCCCAGACCUUUGCUCUUUGCCUCCCGUAAGAGGUACUUGCAAGGUACCAGAGUGGCGAUGGGCAUACAGUACUAUGAUGCGCCAGUGCUUCUCCUUUGUUUAUGGAGGCUGCCAGGGCAACCUAAAUAACUUUGAAAGCAAGCAAGCUUGUGAGGAACGUUGCCCUCAGCCUCAGGUCAAGCAGUGCCAAGGGUGUCAACUUAGGGGAAAACUGGUACCCAGCUUGUGCCACAGCGACUUUGUUAUCGUAGGCAAACUGGAAGAUUCUGGUGAGGAACGAGUACUCAGGGUUGUCCUGGGAGAAGUGCUCAAAGAUGACUACAUGGGUCUGCAUUUAUAUCACACCAAAUACUUGGAGGUCACUCUUGGUGAAGGAGGAGGAUGUCCUUGUGCUAAUCUGGCAGGAUCAGGGGAUGGGCAGCUUCUGAUCAUGGGAGACGUGCAGGACGGCAUGGCCUUGUUAGGACCUUCUAGCUACAUUCGUCCUGCCAAUGAGAAGAGGCUGAGGAAAGUCAGGGACAUGUUGGAGAAAGGAACAUGUCAACUUUCUAGCAAAUUCCAAGAUUAAUAUUGGUGCUACUGGAUGAGUAUUAUGUGAAACAGGUCUAUUCAUUUUGUUGGGAUGUCAGCAAGGAAACCAGAUAUUUUCUGAGAAGGUUAAUAAUGUUCUGUUGGUCUGCUCAAAGACAUUCACAGGGGCUUUUUUUACGCCUCACAUUCAGUAGCGGUUCUAUUCUUCAUAGUCCUCCUUGAAAUAAGCACUUCUGUCCUGCAGACCUGCUCUGUCCAGUAGCAGAGAAGGAAUUAAUAGCCGCCUUGCCUUGCCAACCAUGCUGUUUGUUAAUGGACACAGAUGUAAGCCAAUAUCUCCAGCUGUUGUAAACGUCAACUCCCAGCAUCCCCAGAGACACGCUGACUAGGCCAGGAAAAGAUAGUUUUUUUCUGUAUGGAUGCUUUCAAAUAUGAUUGGCAAUGUACUUACCGUUAUCUAUAUAUAGUAUGUAUUUUUGGUUAUCUCUAGACUCUGUUCAUUUUCUUGUUUGGUUAGUCAGUUUUGGAAAAUAAUAGGAAAUGUUGAUGUAUUUAAUAUCUGUAUGUAACAGAAAGCUACAGACUAGUUCUAAAUUAGUAUGAUGUAGAACAAUGUGCAAUUGGUUUUCAUUGUCUAUUUUUUUGUUUUAUUUAGCUAUGUUGUACAGCCGCUCUCCAGAUUGGAAUGUCAGCAGCUAUCUGGUUGCUAAACGGUAGAGCUGCUGAAUAAACAGCUUAAUAACUCAAAAAUCACAAAUUAUAAAAAAAAAUGAAAACCAAUUGCAAAUUGUCUCAGAAUAUCACCUCUACAUCAUAUUAAGGGGGUUAUUUACUAAACCUCGAAUUUAUCUGGUCUGGAUUUUUUGGGGCAAAAGCUCGAAUCUCUUGUGGAAAAAAAACUAGAAUUUUACGAGAUUUAUUAUACCCAGAUGCUGCAAAAUGCCCAAAUUCGAAAAUCCGCCAUCUCAUAAGUCAAUGGGCGAAGCACCAAUCUCAAUUUAUCCACGUUAUUGUGGUUUGCCCUGGGUUUAGCUAGAAAAUCCCAAAAGAUUGGGGUUUUGGGGCAAAAACCGGAAAAAAAUAAUGAUUUUGGAAAAAAAAAGUCCAAAACAACAGAUGAUUUGAGUUUUUUCCCGAUCUGAAUAAUUCG